AUGUACUGGCUACAGCCUAUCUCGCUGGCUGGCACCUUGAUCCUGGCUAAUACUUGUAUGGCUGCCAAUACUACAUCACCUUCUGGAAGCUCCUCCAUCUUGACAUACGUCGAUCCGAAUGUGCCUACUGGAGUGCCAAUUGCGGGAGACUAUGACGGCCGUUAUCGCCCACAGAUUCACUUCUCUCCUCCCAAGCACUUUAUGAAUGAUCCCAAUGGCAUGUUCAGAGAUGAUCAAGGUACGUGGCAUCUAUACUAUCAGUACAAUCCUACUGGAGUCGUUGCUGGAAAUCAGCAUUGGGGCCAUGCCACCUCCAAGGACCUUUAUCACUGGGUAAACCAGCCCAUUGCCCUGUUUCCUCCAAAGAAGAACCAGUACAUCUUUUCUGGCAGUGCCAUCACAGAUCCGAACAACACCUCGGGAUUUUUUCCCAGCCAAGGGAAUGGCAUCGUUGCUAUUUAUACUCUCGCCGAGUAUGAUGAGGACGGAGCCCCUGGACCGCAAACCCAGGCCAUUGCAUACUCGCACGACGGAGGAUACACAUUCACGCCAUACCAUGAAAACCCCGUCAUACCAAGCAACUCUUCCCAGUUUCGCGAUCCCAAAGUCAUCUGGUACAAGGACCACUGGGUGAUGGUCGUGGCUUAUGCCCAGGAAUUCGAGAUUGGCAUCUUCACCUCUCCCAACCUCAAGGAAUGGAAGCACGCGAGCAAUUUUUCCCACACCGGCCUCUUGACGCUACAGUGGGAAUGCCCCAAUCUAGUGCCAAUACCCUACCUGGACGCGGACGGCACGAAGCAGGACGACAUGUGGCUGCUCGCCAUCAGCGUCAACCCCGGCGCGCCGCUCGGCGGCUCCACCACUCAGUACUAUCCCGGACAAUUCAACGGCACGCACUUUGACGCCGUGGACAAUGCCGCCCGGAUCGCGGACUUCGGGAAGGACAACUACGCGGGGCAGUUCUUCUACGGUACCGCGGAAGAUGAGCCCCCGAUCUACCUGGGCUGGGCGUCGAACUGGCAGUACACGCAAGUCGUGCCUACAGGCGAGGAAGGCUGGCGCAGCGCCAUGACGGUGCCGCGCCGCUCCUGGUUGACCAAGGCGAAACGAAUCGGCUGGAAGCUUGUGACUGAGCCGUACGACCUGGCACCCGUCAUGGGCCCGCAACUGGCCAGCAACAACAGCCUAGUCAACGGCAGCCUCACCGUCGACUUUGCCAACGUCGCUUCCAAUGCGCUCUACUGGGAGGCCAACAUCACAGGACUCCCCCCGACCGGCAUCGCCGAGUCGGCGACGCUUAACUUUGCUUUCCUGGCACCCCAGACGGGCGAGUCCGUGCGCGGCGGCUACUACCUCGGCGGGGACACGCCCUUCUUCAUCGACCGCGGCGGCGCCCGGGGCUUCGACAAUGUCUUCUUCACCGACAAGUUCUCGACCAACAGCCUGAUUGACAGCGGCUCGUGGCGCAUGAGCGGCAUCGUCGACCGCUCCAUCCUUGAGGUGUUCCUCGACGGUGGGGUCGAGAGCGCGACGGUCAACUACUUCUCGACGCAGCCGCUGACGCUGAUGGUGCUGGGCACGGCGGACAUGCCCGACGGCACCGACGUCAGCAUCGCCGUCUACGCGCUGGAGAGUGCGUGGGCGAGGAUGGCGGACGGAGGGGACGGGUUGGUGCAUGGGAACCAAACGAGAAACGGCACGGCGAGUGAGAGUGAAACUCGGCUACUCGGUGUCACUUUCUGA